GUGCGCGGGGCGGUGAGUCUGUGCGGCUACGGCAGACCGGAGGCUCCAGGCACGCAGGGGACCAGUGAUGCUGCCCAGACUGUGAACAGGGGAGGCAGCACUGUAGGGGCUGCCAGCAGCCGGGGCUGGGGAGAGACAUGUGGACACGUAGCCCCUAUGGCUUCUGCCUGCCAGAUCCUCCGCUGGGCCCUUGCCCUGGGGCUGGGCCUCACAUUCAAGGUCACGCAUGCCUUCAGAUCUCAAGAUGAGCUCCUGUCCAGUUUGGAGAGCUAUGAGAUUGCCUUCCCAACUCGAGUGGACCACAACGGGGCAAUGCUGGCCUUCUCACCACCUGCCCUCCGGAGGCAGCGUCGGGGUGUAGGGGCUGCAGCUGAGUCCCGUCUAUUCUACAAGGUGGCCGCACCCAGCACUCACUUCCUGCUGAACCUGACCCGCAGCCCCCGUCUCCUGGCAGGGCACGUCUCGGUGGAAUACUGGACACGGGAAGGCCUAGCCUGGCAGAGGGCUGCCCGGGCCCACUGCCUCUACGCUGGCCACUUGCAAGGCCAGGCUGGUAGCUCCCAUGUGGCCAUCAGCACCUGUGGGGGCCUGCAUGGCCUGAUUGUGGCAGAUGACGAAGAGUACCUGAUUGAGCCCCUGCAAGGUGGACCCAAAGGUCGCCGUGGCCCAGAAGAGAGUGGCCCCCACGUAGUAUACAAGCGUUCCUCUCUGCGUCACCCCCAUCUGGACACAGCCUGUGGAGUGAGAGAUGAGAAACCAUGGAAGGGUCGUCCAUGGUGGUUGCGCACCCUGAAGCCACCGCCUGCCAGGCCCCAGGGGAAUGAAACUGAGCGAGGCCAGCUGGGCCUGAAGCGAUCAGUCAGCCGAGAGCGCUAUGUGGAGACCCUGGUGGUGGCCGACAAGAUGAUGGUGGCCUACCAUGGGCGGAGAGAUGUGGAGCAAUAUGUGUUGGCCAUCAUGAAUAUUGUUGCCAAACUUUUCCAGGACUCGAGUCUGGGAAACAUCGUCAACAUCCUCGUCACUCGCCUUAUCCUGCUCACAGAGGACCAGCCCACCCUGGAGAUCACCCAUCAUGCUGGGAAGUCACUGGACAGCUUCUGUAAGUGGCAGAAAUCAAUCGUGAGCCACAGUGGCCAUGGCAACGCCAUCCCAGAGAACGGUGUGGCAAACCAUGACACAGCUGUGCUCAUCACACGCUAUGACAUCUGCAUCUACAAGAACAAACCCUGCGGCACUCUAGGCCUGGCCCCUGUGGGUGGAAUGUGUGAGCGUGAGAGGAGCUGCAGCAUCAAUGAAGAUAUUGGCCUGGCCACAGCUUUCACCAUUGCCCACGAGAUCGGGCACACAUUCGGCAUGAACCACGAUGGUGUGGGAAACGGCUGCGGGGCUCGAGGUCAGGACCCUGCAAAGCUCAUGGCUGCCCAUAUCACCAUGAAGACUAAUCCAUUCGUGUGGUCAUCAUGCAGUCGAGAUUACAUCACCAGCUUUCUGGACUCAGGCCUGGGGCUUUGCUUGAACAACCGGCCUCCCAGACAGGACUUCGUGUACCCAACGGUGGCUCCUGGCCAGGCCUAUGAUGCUGAUGAGCAGUGCCGAUUCCAGCAUGGAGUCAAAUCGCGUCAGUGUAAAUACGGGGAGGUCUGCAGUGAACUGUGGUGUCUGAGCAAGAGCAAUCGGUGCAUCACCAAUAGCAUCCCAGCUGCUGAGGGAACACUGUGCCAAACACACACUAUCGACAAAGGGUGGUGCUACAAACGAGUGUGUGUCCCCUUUGGGUCUCGACCAGAGGGUGUAGACGGGGCCUGGGGCCCAUGGACUCCAUGGGGUGACUGCAGCAGGUCAUGUGGCGGUGGUGUGUCAUCUUCCAGUCGUCACUGCGACAGUCCCAGGCCAACCAUUGGGGGCAAGUACUGUCUGGGCGAGAGACGGAGGCACCGGUCCUGCAACACCAAUGACUGUCCACCUGGCUCCCAGGACUUCAGAGAAAUGCAGUGCUCUGAAUUUGACAGUGUUCCUUUCCGUGGAAAAUUCUACACAUGGAAGACGUACCGAGGAGGGGGCGUGAAGGCCUGCUCGCUGACUUGCCUAGCAGAUGGCUUCAACUUUUACACGGAGAGAGCAGCAGCUGUGGUGGAUGGAACACCCUGCCGCCCUGACACAGUGGACAUUUGUGUCAGCGGCGAGUGCAAGCAUGUGGGCUGUGACAGGGUCCUGGGUUCUGAUCUCCGAGAGGACAAAUGCAGAGUGUGUGGGGGUGACGGCAGUGCCUGUGAGACCAUUGAGGGGGUCUUCAGCCCAGCUUUGCCAGGAACUGGGUAUGAGGACGUCGUCUGGAUCCCCAAAGGCUCAGUCCACAUUUUCAUCCAAGAUCUGAACCUGUCCCUUAGUCACCUGGCCCUAAAGGGGGACCAGGAGUCUCUGCUACUGGAGGGGCUACCUGGGACCUCCCAACCUCACCGCCUUCCCCUGGCUGGGACCACAUUUCAUCUACGGCAGGGACCAGACCAGGCCCAGAGCCUAGAAGCCCUGGGACCCAUUAAUGCAUCUCUCAUCAUCAUGGUGCUGGCCCAGGCAGAGUUGCCUGCUCUCCGCUACCGCUUCAAUGCACCCAUUGCCCGGGAUGCACUGCCUCCCUACUCCUGGCACUAUGCCCCCUGGACCAAAUGCUCAGCUCAGUGUGCAGGCGGCAGCCAGGUCCAAGUGGUGGAGUGCCGAAAUCAGCUGGACAGCUCAGCAGUGGCCCCACACUACUGCAGUGCCCACAGCAAAUUACCCAAGAGGCAGCGUGCCUGCAACACAGAACCAUGCCCACCAGAUUGGGUUGUAGGUAACUGGUCCCGCUGCAGCCGUAGCUGUGAUGCUGGUGUGCGUAGCCGCUCAGUGGUGUGCCAACGCCGAGUGUCUGCUGCAGAGGAGAAAGCCUUAGAUGACAGCGCCUGUCCACAGCCACGCCCACCUGUGCUGGAGGCCUGCCAAGGCCCAAUGUGCCCCCCUGAGUGGGCAGCCCUGGACUGGUCUGAGUGUACCCCAAGUUGUGGGCCUGGUCUCCGCCACCGAGUGGUCCUUUGUAAGAGUGCAGAUCAACGAUCCACUCUGCCCCCUGGGCACUGCCCUCCUGCAGCCAAGCCACCAUCUACUAUGAGAUGCAACUUGCGCCGCUGCCCUCCCGCCCGCUGGGUGGCCAGUGAGUGGGGUGAGUGUUCCACACAGUGUGGCCUCGGCCAGCAGCAGCGCACAGUGCGUUGCACCAGCCACACUGGCCAGCCAUCUCGAGAGUGCACUGAGGCCCUGCGGCCGUCCACCAUGCAGCAGUGUGAGGCCAAGUGUGACAGUGUGGUGCCGCCUGGAGAUGGCCCAGAAGAAUGCAAGGAUGUGAACAAGGUGGCUUACUGCCCCCUGGUGCUCAAAUUUCAGUUCUGUAGCCGAGCCUACUUCCGCCAGAUGUGCUGCAAAACCUGCCAAGGCCGCUAGGGUACCUGGAACCAACCUGGAGCACAGGCUGAGGCAGGGGAAAUCCCACUGGAGAGGGCCUGAGGGGGGAUGGGAGGGCUGGGAUUGAAGGGUGAGACGCAGUUGAAAGUUAUUUAUUGGGUAACCCCUACAGGGCUCCUGGCUAGGGGGUGGAGAAGAGCUGGCUACCCAGGGACCCUCUUCAGUGUCUUGCCAAGUUGACAAUGAAAGGAGAGGACUGCCCCUUGUCGCACACACUUUUAAGUCCCUAACACUCCCCCACCCUUUGAUCGGAAUAUGUACUGUGAAGAGUGGGGGUGGGGAGAGGGUAUGCUGGUACCCUGCCCCCCAGCACUGUUCUAUCCCUACACUCUGAGCUGGGGGAAUUUAUAUCUGCUAUGGGGGGAGUGGGCUUGAUACCACCUCCCUGUCACCCUCCCCCAGACUGACCAAGGGGAAGAUCUACCCCAACCUCUGCCCUGCCUGCCCAGGGGGGGAGUCCAACAUCCAGGCCAUCCCCCAUCAUGGUGCUAACAAGCCCUGCCCUGGGGCCCACACACUCCUCACCAAGAAGCCUUCCAUUAAUAAAGUUCUGUCUUGUGUAGAUUUCCGCUCA